AUGAGCCAAUCUACCUUUCAUGGACUUUAUGUAUCUGGAUUGUUUGAAGUUGAGGAGAAGACAUCUCCCGAGAACGGGUGGCGCUCUGAGUGGCAAACCUACACUGUAUCAAUUGUUUGCACUGGUGCCAAUCGUGACCACCGACUGUUGUACGAAAUCCAAGCCAAAGGAUUCAGUGCCGCUCAAUUUUGGCUCUGGCAAGAUAACAUCUACUUCUUACGGGGGUCUUUCUUUCCUUCGAACUCCUCAACAACCAGUCAAGAUCAAUUGAUCUUUGAGGGGAGCGAGGCUAUAUUGUUAGCUCAGGCCGACGACUUUCUAGGUGAAACCAUCAAUUCUGUCGGUAUCACCGGUGUAGGUGUUGUACUCGAGAAGAAGACGAUUGUCGAGGCGUGCUGUCAAUAUCUCAAGAAGGUGGGUGCCACGGAGGACCCCUUAAGCACUGUUGUGACUGUUCAGCACUCCAAAUAUCAUCCUACUCUGAAGGCUACAAAAACUUCGAAAGUAGAAUAUCUUAUUCGUCCCAGCCCCAACCUGUCCGGCAUUGCCUCUAUCAUCAAACCCGGGCGCGAGUGUCAAAUCCAUGGUUUUAUCAAGGAUUUUAAUGAAGCAACUUCGUCCUAUGUUGUUGUUGUGAAUAAGGUCUUCCUCACUGACACCUUUUCAGACCCCGAUGACAAGACCAAACCCAAAAUUGGGCUUCCUGAGUCCGCUUCUAAGAAGCCAAUGAAAGUUGGCGCAGAAUUCAAGUCGCCCCUUCCAACUUCAGCCUCAGCCUCAAAUGCUGCGCUCGACACUCCAGACACGUCCUUCUCCACAGUUUCGAGCAGUAUCGCCAGUACUUCCAAGAAUCCGAUUCCCUGCAACUUUGACGACUUGAGCAGUUUACCAGCUCCGCCUGCCAAGAAGAAAGCACGUUGUCAACCCAAAAGAAAGGCGUCUAACCCCGCUCCCGUUGAAGGAUCUGAAGAGUAUUAG